UUUAUAAAUAGCAUCACACACUUUGUGAAAAGGCCAAAAAGCUGCAGUUUUUCUGGAUUGAUUCCUCUUGGGAAAAGGUGGGCAAAUGAUGCUUUUGUUCCUUUUCUUACAGCUGGAAAGGUUGCGUUCUUAAAUAUGUAGGAUUUGAUAUGUGCAUAGAGAACGCAGGCUCUCUGAUUCAACCCUACGAUGGGUCAUGUCUUGCUUCUGAUCUCGGUGAUCUCCUGUCUUCACCUGAUAUGUUUAUCAAAUCAGCAGAAAACAGGGUUUGUCUUCCAUGGCUUUGACCAAUCAGAUCUUUCUCUUGAUGGGUCUGCGAGAAUUCUCCGAAAUGGUCUUCUUCAGCUAACCAACGCUUCUCAGCAUCAAAUGGGCCAUGCUUUCUUCAAGCCGCCAUUUGUGUUGGACCCAUCUGAGCCACUCUCUUUCUCGACUCAUUUUGUGUGCGCUUUGGUACCUAAGCCUGGAGUUGAUGGCGGCCAUGGCCUCGCCUUUGUUGUAUCUUCUUCCUCAGAUCUCACACACGCGGAACCGACUCGGUACUUGGGGCUUUUCAAUGUCACGACGAAUGGACCGUCAUCUUCUCAUCUGUUUGCUGUUGAGCUCGACACCGUUUUCAGUCCUGAGUUUGAUGAUAUCGAUAAUAACCAUGUCGGAAUUGAUGUGAACAGCCUUAUGUCAGUUGCUUAUGCUCGUGCUUCUUACUUCUCCGACGUCGAAGGGAAGAAUAAAAGCAUAAAGCUUUUGAGCAGAAACGCUCUGCAGGUCUGGGUGGAUUACGAAGGAGCUGUCCUGAAUGUUUCUCUGGCCCCUCUUCAUGUUCAGAAGCCAAGCCGGCCUCUUAUUUCAGCAGCAUCCAUUAAUCUUUCGGACAUUUUAUCCAGCAGAAGAAUGUUUGUCGGAUUCUCUGCAUCUACAGGGACAUCGAUCAGUUACCAAUAUGUUCUCGGGUGGAGUUUCAGCAGAAGCAGGGAGUCAUUGCAGGAGAUAGACAUCUCAAAGCUUCCUCGAGUUCCUCGUCCGAAAGCUGAACAUAAGAAACCGUCUCUUCCGCUUGUGGUUCUGCUCGUUCUGCUGGCUAUCAUGGCGUUGUCUGCUCUUGGAGGAGCUCUUUUCUACAGGAGAAGAAAAUAUGCAGAAGUUAGUGAAGAUUGGGAAAAAGAGUUUGGUGCACACAGGUUCUCUUACAAAUCUCUAUAUAAAGCAACAAAAGGGUUCGGCAAGGAUGGAUUUCUAGGAAGAGGAGGUUUUGGAGAAGUAUACAGAGGAACUCUCCCUCUCAGCAGAGAAGUAGCGGUGAAGAGAGUGUGCCAUAAUGGCGAGGAAGGUAUGAAGCAGUUUGUGGCUGAGAUUGUGAGCAUGAAAAGCCUAAAGCACAGGAAUCUGGUUCCAUUUUUUGGGUAUUCGAGGAGAAAAGGUGAGUUUUUUCUUGUGUCUGAAUUCAUGCCCAAUGGUAGUCUUGAUGCGCACUUGUUUGAUGACCGAAAGCCGGUUAUUUCUUGGUCACAAAGAGUUGUGAUUCUCAAGGGUAUAGCCUCUGCCCUCAAUUACCUGCACAUAGAAGCUGACCAAGUUGUUCUACACAGAGAUAUCAAAGCAUCUAAUGUUAUGUUGGACUCAGAGUUCAAUGGAAGGUUAGGGGAUUUCGGCAUGGCCAGGUUUCAUGACCAUGGAAGCAAUGCAGCCACAACAGCCGCUGUUGGAACUGUAGGAUACAUGGCACCAGAGCUAAUAACAAUGGGAGCUUCAACUAGGACCGAUGUGUAUGCCUUUGGUGUUUUCAUGCUGGAAGUAACCUGUGGGAGGAGGCCCGUGGAACCUGAGAUGCAGCCUGAGAAACAACAGCUGGUCAAAUGGGUUUGUGAAUGCUGGAAAAGGGCAUCGUUACUUGAUUGUAAAGAUCCGAGAUUAGGAGAGGAAUUCUCACCAGAGGAAGUGGAGAUGGUUCUGAAACUAGGGUUGCUCUGUUCAAGCAUUGUGCCAGAAAUGAGACCCACCAUGGAACAAGUGGUGCAGUACCUAAACAGAAACCUACCACUGCCGGAUUUCUCACCAUACACACCAGGAAUCGGUGCUUUUGCUCCGGUGGUUGUUGAUGCAGCCUCCCUCUUAGCCUCUUCCGCUUCGUGGAGUUUGUCAGCUCUCUCGAUCUCUCCUUCCUCGGCCAACAACUCAUCUCAUGUUUCGCUUUCAGUCAAUCAUUUGCAGGGACAGAGACUGGAGUCAAUGAGCAGUCUGAAUCACACUACAGAAUCAGAAAAGCCUCAGAGCUUAUCAACCGGGUAACAGCAUUGUAUCCUCUCCUGCAGACAUCCAAAUGGUUAAACAGAUCUUCUUGUCUCUUGAGUUUAGUUAUCUGUCUUUGUUUCUAUAACACAGUUGAUUUGCUUGAUAGAGAAAUGUUUUGUAUAGUUGAUGUGGUGAGAAGGUACUGCUACCAGUGGCCAUGUUUUACUCAUACUCAUAGUCACUUCAUAUAAAAAAGGAUCCUGAAACUUGUGGUUAUGUUUCUUUGUAGAAUUCACACUUCAUCUC